GGGCGUGACGUUACAUAUAUAUACAACACCAGCCCCGGACACGAGAAAAAAAAAAAGAACUGGUGCGGCAAUAAUUACUAAACAACUGGUUCACCUCGCUGUCACCCUGUCACAGAGCGGCACAGGAACGGGCCCGGUUGUUCACCGAGCCGAGGAGACACCGAUUAACACGUCGGGGGGAUAUUUUUCUGGGAAGCAGCCGCAUCGUUUGUCUGGUGUGUUUCACCAAGCUAACCAGACAUUAGCAAGUGAUGAGCAGGGGCCUGCUUCUUCCGGAUGCCCUGCUGAGGUUACCGACAGGGCACGCCGCCUAACGACACCAAGAGACUCCGCUGCAGCCGCGUGCACUCUCUGACGGCACCUUAAGGAUCCGCGCUCUGCUGUUGUCACUUCAUGCUAGUUGCGCGCGUGCUGGACAGACCAGCUAGCUAGCUAACGUGCAACUUCAGACGAGACCACAGUCGUCGGUGCGAUGGGUUUACUGUCGCAGGGGUCUCCGCUGAACUGGGAGGAAACCAAGAAGUAUGCGGACCACAUCAGAAAGCACGGCAUCAUUCAGUUCCUCAACAUCUACAACAAGUUGAAGGAGCGUCAGAAAGAUGUGUUGAAGUGGGGCGAUGAGGUUGAGUACAUGUUGCUGGAAUUGGAUGACAAGGAUGAAAAAGUUAGACUCAUCCUCAACAGUAAAGAGGUUUUGGAAACCCUCCAAGACCAGGGUGAAAAGAUAAACCCCAAUCACCCCACACUUUGGAGACCAGAGUAUGGCAGCUACAUGAUUGAAGGAACGCCGGGGCAGCCGUACGGCGGGACGAUGUCAGAGUUCAACACUGUGGAGGGCAACAUGGGGAAGAGGCGGCGAGAGGCCUCGUCUGUCCUGAACCAGAAUGAAACCCUCUGCACCAUCACCUCAUUUCCAAGGUUAGGCUGCCCAGGUUUCACCAAACCAGAACACCGACCGACCCCUGUUGAAAAGGGAGUGUCAAAGUCACUGUUUUUCCCAGAUGAAGCCAUCAACAGACACCCAAGAUUCAGCACCCUUACCAGAAACAUACGUCACAGAAGAGGAGAGAAAGUUGUGAUUAAUGUGCCAAUCUUCAAAGACAAGUGCACUCCAUCGCCAUUUGUGGAGGAGUUUCCUGAGGAUGACGGUGAAGCAGCGAGGGCGGCUCUGCCUGAUCACAUCUACAUGGAUGCCAUGGGCUUCGGGAUGGGCAACUGCUGUCUGCAGGUGACAUUCCAAGCUUGUAGCAUUGAUGAGGCAAGAUAUCUUUAUGACCAACUAGCAACAUUCUGCCCCAUAGUGAUGGCGCUGAGUGCAGCAGCUCCCUUCUACAGAGGCUUUGUGUCGGAUACUGAUUGUCGCUGGGGAGUUAUUUCUGCCUCGGUGGAUGACCGGACGGUGGAAGAACGCGGGCUCAAGCCUUUGAAAAACAACAAAUACAGGAUCUUCAAGUCAAGAUACGAUUCAAUUGACAGCUACCUGUCUAGCUGCAGUGAGAAGUACAAUGACAUCGACUUGACAAUAGAUGAGGAGAUCAACAAGCAACUACUCGACGCAGGAAUUGACAAGCUGCUGGCCCAACACAUAGCACACCUCUUCAUCCGAGAUCCACUCUCCGUCUUUGAGGAGAAAAUCCACUUGGAUGAUGAAAACGAGUCCGAUCACUUUGAGAACCUCCAGUCGACCAACUGGCAGACGAUGAGGUUCAAACCUCCACCUCCAAACUCCGACAUCGGCUGGAGAGUUGAGUUCCGCCCCAUGGAGGUGCAGCUAACUGACUUUGAAAACGCUGCAUACGUGGUCUUUGUCGUCCUGCUUACCAGAGUGAUCUUGUCUUAUAAACUGGACUUUCUGAUCCCUUUGUCAAAGGUUGAUGAAAAUAUGAAGGUCGCACAGAAGAGAAACUCUGUUCAGGAGGGCAUGUUUUACUUCCGAAAGGACAUCUUCAAAGGCUGCAACCCGGGCCUUGAUGGCGCAGCCUCGGCUGAGAACGGCUUGGAGACUGAUGGUGCUAAUGAGGAGUACACGCUGAUGAGUAUUGACACAAUCAUCAAUGGAAAGGAGGGAGUGUUUCAAGGGCUUAUCCCGAUCCUUAACUGCUACCUGGAAAACAUGGAAGUGGAUGUGGAUACCAGGUGCACCAUUUUGAAUUAUCUGAAGCUCAUCAAGAAACGUGCCUCAGGCGAACUGAUGACUAUGGCCAAGUGGAUGAGGGAAUUUGUUGCCCAGCACCCGCAGUACAAGCAGGACAGCAUCCUAACUGACAAGAUAAACUACGACCUGUUCAAGAAGUGUGACAGGAUUGCGAAAGGUGAAGAGCAAUGCCCAGAGCUCAUUGGAAUCCCAGUGAACCGGUUCAAAUGAGAAACGCUGCAGAAGUGCACUGUUAUUAUACAGACUUGCAUGUAAAGAAAGACCAAACGUGUGGCUCAGAAUGAAAGCGGUCCAAUUUUAAGAGAAUGCAAAACAGCAUGUGUGUGUUUCAAGAAACACACCUGCAUCAAAUGUAUGUAUAUAUCCUGUAUCAGAUUUUCUAUGAUUACAGAAUUAUUUUAAUAGGGUUAAGAAAUGCAAAAGGUUGUGGAAUAGAAAUCAGAUGUGUAUUUAUUUUUCUCUUGAAAUUAAGCCUAUCUGUGUAACAAUGUAAAUGUAGCAGAGUUGUACAGCUGCUUUUAAUCUUGUGUUCUAUAAAUACUGUACUUCUGCUCUUUAAAACAUUAACAUCACAGGCCUUUUUUUUUAAAUUCUGGAUAAGCGCUUUUUGCUUUUGGUAGAGACCUUUUCUUUUUGCAACGUUUGCUUUGCCCUGCUGACAUUGUAAUAGGACCUUUUUAAAAGUAGUGCAUUCAAGUGGAAAGGGUUAACCAUUGUUUGCAAUAUAAUGCUGCUUCAAAAUAAAUCUGCACAACAGAU